GGAAUUAAUUUUGUGCGGUAGAUCCCCCAUACCGAAAUGUCUCAGGAAGGGAAUGUUCAGACCCCAGCUGAGGGCCAGAGUGUUGAGCAGCUCCCUGACCCUCAUACCAGGGCCCAGGUAGAGCAGAGACGACAACUGUUGUCUGGCUGGAUCAACCUUCUGGCCACUGAGCUGCACGAUGCCGGUGCAGAUGCUGAGUCACAUGUGCGGGCCCAGUUUGAUCUGUGGAAAGCCCAGGCAGAUCUGGACGCAGCUCAAACUGGCACCGACCUAUUGAAGGUACAAGAGUUCAUUAUCCAGUGCCGUAAAGCACUCGAUGUGUUCAUCUGUCGGGAGUUUGACGACAUUGUGAAUGGCAGAAAUGUCAAAAAUGAGGUGCUGGUCACAGAGCAGACAAUUGAAGAGAAUAUUCGCCAGCUGGAAGAAGCUCUUGAAAAAGAGAAAACCCGCAAGGCAGAAAUGAUAAAUAAAAAAAAGCAAGAUGAACAGCAAGCAAAACGAGAACAAGAAGUCAGACAGCAUGUGGUAACUGUGGAAGGGGAAGAACAGGUUGUUGCACUGAACCAACUGGUUGAGUACCUUGCUCACUUGGAGACAAGGCUCGACCAUUUUGAAGCAAAGUUGGAAGAAUUGACCGUAGGAUUGAAGAAUGUGACUAACUUGGUCAAAGGAAAGGAAAAAGAGGUUCAGAAGGAACAACCUAAGAAGAAACUAAUGAGUGAUGCUAUGAAAGAUCUCAGGGUCGAAACAAAGAGGGGGGAACCAUCUGGGCCUCCUUCGCCGACGCCACCGUCUACUCCAUCCAGUCCUCACUCAUCCGAUGAAAAGAAAGACAAGGACAAAACUGAGAAGCCGAAGAAGAAGGAAAAGGUGAAGAUGAGAUUGCCUUUUACAUUUAGCAACAAGAAAGACAAACAUUUGCUUGUUUGGAUCGCCGAGAUACAGACGCACUGUAGUACGACGCCUGUUGCAGAAGAGUCUCAGGUUGCAUUCUCCACAUCCUGCUUGGGAGGAGAAGCAAAGGAGUGGGUCCUAGCUGAGGCUAACGUGGCAGGUUUUUACGACAUCGGUAAGUGGGCCGAAACAAUGACUCUAAAGCAGUUCCUUGAUAAGAUCAAGAAACGCUUUCUUGAUAAGACGACGACCGAUAAGGCCUUCGACCAGCUUACUACGAUUGGACAGAAACAUUGGACGUCUGUGGAGGCUUUGUCUCGCGAGGUCGAUCGCUUGUUGCAAGUUCCGGGCUUAAAUCUGCAGGAUGACCAGGUCCUGUAUGUUUAUGCCCGGGCCUUACCUGAACCCAUACGAAGUCAGUUAGUGGCCGAGUCAAAGUCAGGUGCAGGCGCGAGAUACGGAUAUUUUGGUUUCAAGAAAACUUAUGCAGAAGUAAGAGAACGCUUCGAUUGGAAAGGACUAAAGGAAGAUGUACUAACCUAUAUGCGUACUUGUCUGGUAUGUCAGAGAAACAAACCACCACAUGAGAACCCUCUGGGUCUACUAAGGCCCUUACCGAUUCCUAGCGAACCAGGUGAGUCCAUCUGCAUGAGUCUCGUCAAGAGUCGAAAUGGCAACACUCAAGUGAUGGUUGUAGUCGAUCGUUUCUCUAAGUAUGCAAUGUUUAUUCCUUUGCCUGUUGAAGCGAAAACUGAGCUUGUGAUCCAGAAGUUUCAUAUGCGAUGGGUAACUGAGUAUGGAUUCCCAUUGUCUAUUGUAUCUGACAGAGAUGUGAGAUUCACAAGUAUGCCAUGGCAAAAGCUGAUGGAGGCAUACGGCACUCGUUUGAACAUGUCGCCAGGACACCAUCCUGAAACGAAUGGGCAAAGCGAGCAAAUGAACCGCUUGUGCCAACAGCUCUUGCGCAUGUAUGUCAGGCCCGAUUAGAUUGAUUGGGACGAGAACUUACCAAAAAUAGCUAGUGCAUACAACAGCACCGUCCACACUGCCACCGCACGCACUCCUAAUGCACUACAUAAAGGGUGGAAGCCACGACGUCCCAUUGAUGUAUUGACCAGGGAUCAAUUUUUACGGCUACCGCCAAGGACUCGUGAAUAUGCAGUUCUGUUCCAGGAAGACAUCCAGAAAGUUAAGGAGAACCUAAAGAAAGCACAAGAACAGAUGAUUAACCAGGCCAACAAACAUCGAAGACCUGCUAACUUUCAAGUGGGUGACAUGGUUUGGGUAAAGUCUAAUGAAUUCUCCUUGGAAGA